GGCCCGUGCGCCCGCCAUGGCGCAGGCCGCGCCCGCGCCCCAUCGCACCCACUCCUUCGCCAAGAAGACCUUCCACAAGCCCACCUACUGCCACCACUGCUCCGACCUGCUGUGGGGGCUCAUCGGCCAGGGCUACGGCUGCGAAGUGUGCAAUUUCAUAGUGCACGAGCGAUGCGUGGGGCAAGUGGUGACGCCGUGCUGUGGGGUGGCGCCGAGCCUUAUCAAGAACCCGGUGGCCCACUGCUGGUCGGAGCCGGCACACCACAAGCGCAAGUUCUGCACGGUGUGUCGCAAGCGGCUCGAUGAACUGCCAGCUUUACAUUGUAUGAUAUGCGAGUACUACGUGCACGGAGAGUGCGUAGACUUCGCAGCGGCGGACUGCAAGGAGAACGCGACAUACUGCGCGGGCAGCGAGCCACGGCACGUCCACCACUGGCGCGAGGGCAACCUGCCGCCCAACUCCAAGUGUGCUGCCUGCCGCCGCGCCUGCUGGUCCGCUGAGUGCCUCACCGGCUACCGCUGCGAGUGGUGUGGCAGCACGUGCCACGCCGGCUGCCGCGCGUUAAUCCCGGAAGAAUGCAACUUCGGCAUGCUGCAGCCGAUAUUCCUGCCCCCGUCGGCGGUGUCUAUCCCGCGGACGGAGGUGCCUAUGGAAGCGAUCAUCGGCGUGCACGUGCGGCCCCCGCCUUCGCAGCGGGACUUCGGCUGCCCGCGCAGCAUCAGCGAGGAGUUCAGCUCGGGCUGCGAGGGCCGCUCGGGCUCCGGCGGCGGUUCGACCGGAGCACCCGCCGACCAGGACCACCGGCCUGAUCACAAGCAACAUCGCGACAGGACCCCCGAUGAUAGGGAUGAAGAGGUGGUCAAAGUGUACGACGGAGAGGCGGCGUGGUCGCGCCGGCUGUACCGGCCCGUGGUGGUCGGCCGGAACUGGAACGAGCGCGAGCUGGUCUCCGCAGCGCUGCGAGCCUUCCAUGUAGCCCGUGACCCCGAACAGUUCGAGCUGACUGACGCCCUCGCCGGCGACGAGCCUCCUCUCAAGGACCCCACUCCCCUCGCGAGGGUCACACGCCUGCCUAACAAGAGACCCGCUCUGUUCCUACGUUUCAAGGAGCCGGAGAGCGGCGGGGGAGAGGUGCGCGUGUACCCGGGCCGCGUGGCAGGUGCGGGCGACACCUUCGUGACCGUAGCCUGCUCGGGCGAGCACGCCGUCGCCGACCUCAUGGCGGCAGCUCUUGAGCGCUUCGGCCUCGACCCCGAGCGCGCCGUGCACGACUACCGCUGCUCGGAGAUACUGCUCGAUCGCGGAGUAUCUGAGCGCGUGCUGGAGGAGGACGAGCGUCCAUGGCGCAUCGUGGUGCGUCUGGCGCGCGAGUCGGUGCGGCGCAUGGAGCUGGCGCGGUUCUACCUGCAGCCGCGCCGCGACCCGCACGGCCCAACACUGGCGCUCUUCGUCGCCUCCCUGCCCCCGGGCCUCUCUGAGCGCAACUACGAGAACAUACUCGUCGAGUUCCUCGGCACUGAAAACAAGUUCACGUCGAUCGGGCCCAUCUACUACGAGUACGGGUCAAUGGUGAUUACAUACGAGGACGCCAGCAAGGCGGUGCGCGCGCUCUACGCGCUGCGGGAGGCCAAAUAUGAAGAUAAACAUUUAUUAGUGAUGCUGCUACCUAGUAUAGAGCCGUCUAUGGUGCCUGCGGGCGUGAAGCCGCUGCUGGUGUUUGUGAACGUCAAGUCCGGCGGCUGCCAGGGUCUGGAGCUCAUCUCCUCCUUCCGGAAGCUCCUCAACCCCUACCAGGUGUUCGACCUUGAGAACGGCGGACCCCUACCUGGAUUGUACGUGUUCCGUCACAUCCCCAACUACAAGAUCCUGGUGUGCGGCGGGGACGGCACCAUCGGCUGGGUGCUGCAGUGCCUCGACAACGUGGGCCAGGACUCGCAGUGCUCCAACCCGCCCUGCGCCAUCGUACCACUCGGCACCGGGAACGAUUUGGCCCGUGUGCUGCGCUGGGGCUCUGGCUACACAGGCUGCGAGGACCCGCUGUCGCUGCUGCGUGACGUCAUCGAGGCGGAGGAGAUCCGCCUCGACCGGUGGACGGUCGUCUUCCACCCCGAGGACAAGCAGGACGAGCCCAAGGAGCUCUCCAAGCAGCUGCCUGCGUCUGUGACCACAGGGUCGCAGAGUGAGGACAACUCGCAGAUACUCGUCAUGAACAACUACUUCGGCAUCGGCAUCGACGCUGAUCUCUGUCUUGACUUCCACAACGCCAGGGAGGAGAACCCUAACAAGUUUAACAGCCGAUUACGCAACAAGGGCGUGUACGUGAAGAUGGGUCUGCGCAAGAUGGUGGGUCGCAAGAUGUGCAAGGACCUGCACAAGGCGGUGCGGCUCGAGGUGGACGGCCGCCCUGUAGACCUGCCUGCUGUCGAGGGCAUCAUCAUACUUAACAUACUCAGCUGGGGCUCGGGCGCAAACCCAUGGGGUCCGGAGAAGGAUGACCAGUUCAACAAGCCCAACCACUGGGACGGCAUGCUGGAGGUGGUCGGCGUCACCGGCGUCGUGCACCUCGGCCAGAUACAGUCCGGCCUGCGUGGUGCCAUGCGGAUAGCGCAGGGCGGACACAUAAAGAUAAAUCUGAAGAGCGAGAUCCCAGUGCAGGUGGACGGCGAGCCGUGGGUGGCGGCGCCCAGCGAGGUGGUCGUGCUCAAGUCCGCCCUCAAGGCCACGAUGCUGAAGAAGCGCGGCAAGGUGCGCCGCCGCAGCACCGAGCCCAGCCUACCGCCGCCGCCACCGCCGCCGCCGCCGCCGCCGCCGCCGCUCCCGCCCGACUCCUGAAUCUGGCUCAGCGAGCGCCUCAUCUGACGCCGCCCCGGGCUCAGGGCAGCGGAGGCGCUCGCCACUCCCUAUCCGUAGUCGUAGUCAUUUCAUAACUUAAAAAACCUCUGUAAAUAAAACUUAAAAAAAAAAACAAAUAAUAUAUAACUUAAUGAACAAAUAAAUUUAUAGUCAUUAGUCGUUGUUUCAUUUCUAGACGGGUAUGUUUGACGAUGUGUAUAAAUAAAUGUUUCAAUGUGUAAAUAUGGUUUUAUUUUAUUUUGGCCUUGUGUGGGUAAUGUAUGAAAUAUGUAUGUAUGUGCCCGUCUUAUAUAUCAACAAAUGUAGUAGCUAGUGUGUCAUAGUUAUGUCAUAGAAUAGAUUUGAUUAUAGUUUUUGUCUUCUAAUUUUGCUAUUAUAUUUCUAGACUGAUUGUAAAUUGCUGAAACUUUAUUGAAUACUAAUACUUGUUUACAUUACCUCUAUAAUACUAGAAAAAUU